GCGCUGCUUAAAACCCCCUUUGCUCCCGCCUGCGCCCCCGAUCCCGGUGCCCCGAUCCGGCUGCGGCGGCUCCGAGCCUUCCCGCGCUGCCGAGCCCGCUCGGGCCGCUCGCAGCGUCCCGCGCUCCCGAGCCCGCGCCGCCGUGCCCGCGCCGCGCGCGCUCCCCCCGGGCGGCGCCGUGCCCGCGCCCUGCGCGAUGCAGUGUGGGAAUGGCUGUGGCGCUGGGGUUGGCUGAAAGAGGCGGCCAGUCGAGGUUUAAUGUCCGCCAUGUUGGCCGUGGCGUAUUGAGCGGAACCGGAGCGGCGGAGGAGCGGAGCCAGCGCCCAGCCCAGCCGCGCCAGCGGGCGCCGCCGGGCCCCGUGUCGGAGUGCGCCCCGCCCCGCCGGGGGAGCCCCGGUCCCUCCAUGAGAUCGCUCGGCGGGGUCCGGCUCUCAGCUCGGAGCGCGCUUGCUGUCGCCCCCCCCUUCCCAGCCGGAGCCGCCAUCGCCGCCUAACAUGAGCAAACUGUCGUUCCGGGCCCGGGCGCUGGACGCGUCCAAGCCGCUGCCCGUCUUCCGCUGCGAGGACCUGCCUGACUUGGCCGAAUAUGCCUCCAUUAACCGGGCCGUGCCGCAGAUGCCCACGGGCAUGGAGAAGGAAGAGGAGUCGGAACAUCAUUUGCAGCGGGCUAUCUCAGCACAGCAAGUCUAUGGAGAGAAGAGGGAUAACAUGGUUAUACCGGUUCCAGAAGCAGAAAGUAAUAUUGCAUACUAUGAGUCCAUAUACCCUGGAGAAUUUAAAAUGCCAAAGCAGCUGAUUCACAUACAGCCUUUUAGUUUGGAUGCUGAGCAGCCAGAUUAUGACUUGGAUUCGGAAGAUGAGAUCUUUGUGAAUAAGUUGAAGAAAAGAAUGGACAUCUCUCCUUUGCAAUUUGAGGAGAUGAUAGACAGACUAGAAAAGGGCAGCGGUCAGCAGCCAGUCAGCCUGCAAGAGGCCAAGCUGUUGCUGAAGGAAGAUGAUGAAUUGAUCAGAGAAGUGUAUGAGUACUGGAUUAAAAAGAGGAAAAAUUGUCGAGGUCCUUCACUUAUCCCAGCAGUGAAGCAGGAAAAACGAGAUGGCUCCAGCACAAAUGAUCCUUACGUUGCUUUUAGAAGACGAACAGAAAAGAUGCAGACACGUAAAAAUCGAAAAAAUGAUGAAGCUUCUUAUGAGAAGAUGCUGAAGCUGCGUCGAGAUCUGAGUCGUGCAGUAACCAUCCUGGAGAUGAUAAAAAGGAGGGAAAAAAGCAAGAGAGAGUUGCUGCAUUUAACACUGGAAAUUAUGGAAAAGAGGUAUAAUUUGGGUGACUACAGUGGAGAGAUCAUGUCUGAAGUAAUGGCACAGCGACAGCCACUUAAACCCACCUAUGCUAUUCCCAUCAUUCCUGUGACUAACAGCAGUUCUUUUAAACACCAAGAAGCUAUGGAACUGAAAGAAUAUAAAGUUAAACAAGAUAAACCUGAUGUUAUUAGACCCAAAAGAAAGUAUGAGAAGAAGCCAAAAGUCUUACCUUCGUCUGCUGCUGCUACUCAACAGACAAGUCCUGCUGCACUGCCAGUCUUUAAUGCUAAAGAUUUGAAUCAGUAUGAUUUUCCUAGCUCAGAUGAUGAACCUCUUUCCCAGGUUUUGUCUGGUUCUUCGGAGGCUGAGGAAGAAAAUGAUCCCGAUGGUCCUUUUGCCUUCCGUAGGAAAGCAGGCUGUCAGUACUAUGCUCCUCAUUUAGACCAACCUGGCAGCUGGCCGUGGAGUAGCCCUAAGGAGGGAAGAUUAGGAGAUGUGCGAUAUAGAUACUGCUUAACCACCCUCACUGUACCCCAGAGGUGUAUUGGGUUUGCACGAAGGCGAGUUGGCCGUGGUGGAAGGGUGCUACUAGACAGAGCGCAUUCGGACUACGAUAAUGCAUUUCAUCAUCUGGACUCGGAAAGGUUUUCCUCAUCGCAACACUCUUCAAUCAGUCAAUUUGCCAAUACCUCAGAAACAAAUACCUCGGACAAAUCUUUCUCAAAAGACCUCAGUCAGAUACUAGUCAAUAUCAAAUCAUGUAGAUGGCGGCAUUUUAGGCCUCGGACACCAUCCCUACAUGACAGUGACAAUGAUGAACUCUCCUGUAGGAAAUUGUACAGGGGUUUAAAUCGAACAGGCACAGCACAACCCGGGACCCAGACAUGCAGUACCUCUAUACAAAGUAAAAGUAGCAGUGGUUCAGCACAUAUUGCAUUUACAGCCGAACAAUACCAGCAACAUCAACAGCAACUGGCACUAAUGCAGAAACAGCAGCUUGCACAAAUUCAUCAACAGCAAGCAAAUAGUAAUUCCUCUGCCAACACAUCACAGAACCUUGAAACUAACCAACAGGAAAGUGGCUUUCGCCUGAAUCUACAUCAUAGCCAUUCUGUAAAGUGUUUAGAAGGGACACUGCAGGGUUUUGUUUCCAAGACGCUGGAUUCUGUUAGUGCUCAGUUUGCUGCUUCAGCUUUGGUUA